GUGCUAGGGAUACAGACACGCGCGCACGGUGUCUUCUGCAUUAGGGAACUGGCUGCUGCCGCCGGCGGUGCGUUCGCUGCUGCAAGGAGCCGGCGAGAGCUUUGGAAGAAUGUGAAGCCGGUGGGCUGGGACUAACUGGAGGAGUCCCGGUUAUGAAGAUUAUGAUCACAUGUGCAGCUCUGCCUAGCUGUUCCCUUGGAGACGAUGGUGAUUCCCUAGAGAAUAGGUGGAAAUGCCUGGUUAACCAUCAGCUUCCUGCUCUUUUUAUCCAAAAGAUUCUCUAACUACUUUUUAACAACUCUCCAUUUUAUUCCAUCAUGUUGUCUCUACCAGCUUAAACUAUUUUCCUAAGAUGGUCCUUUUGCUGUUCCUUGCAAUCCUGUUAUCGAAGGAAGAUGCCAGUGGGAACUUUGGGGUUUUGGUUUCUGCACAGUCCAAUGAAAGAAGGGUGGUUGCACAUAUGCCUGGUGAUAUUAUCAUUGGAGCUUUGUUUUCUGUCCACCAUCAGCCGACUGUUGACAAGGUCCAUGAGAGAAAAUGUGGAGAGGUAAGGGAGCAAUAUGGCAUACAGAGAGUGGAAGCGAUGCUUCAUACCCUGGACAGAAUUAAUCUGGACCCAACACUGUUGCCAAAUAUAACACUAGGCUGUGAAAUAAGGGACUCUUGUUGGCAUUCUGCUGUGGCUCUGGAGCAAAGCAUUGAGUUCAUAAGGGAUUCUCUUAUUUCAUCAGAAGAAGAAGAGGGGAUAGUGCGCUGUGUCGAUGGAUCUUCAACAUCUAUCCGCUCCAAGAAACCCAUUGUCGGCGUCAUUGGACCUGGUUCUAGUUCAGUAGCGAUCCAGGUCCAGAACUUGUUGCAGCUUUUCAAUAUACCUCAGAUUGCUUAUUCUGCCACGAGCAUGGACCUAAGUGACAAAACUCUGUUCAAGUAUUUCAUGAGAGUCGUGCCAUCUGAUGCACAGCAAGCUCGAGCUAUGGUGGACAUUGUCAAACGCUAUAACUGGACCUAUGUUUCUGCUGUACAUACUGAAGGAAACUAUGGUGAGAGUGGGAUGGAAGCCUUCAAAGAUAUGUCGGCCAAGGAGGGGAUCUGCAUUGCCCAUUCCUACAAGAUCUAUAGCAAUGCCGGUGAACAGAGUUUUGACAAGCUGUUGAAAAAGCUAAGGAGCCACCUGCCCAAAGCAAGAGUGGUUGCCUGCUUCUGUGAGGGCAUGACUGUGCGAGGGCUGCUAAUGGCCAUGAGGCGCUUGGGUCUGGCUGGAGAGUUUUUGCUCCUAGGCAGUGAUGGCUGGGCAGACCGGUAUGAUGUGACAGACGGGUAUCAGCGGGAAGCUGUUGGCGGAAUAACAAUCAAGCUUCAGUCUCCUGAUGUGAAAUGGUUUGAUGAUUAUUACCUGCAGCUUCGGCCAGAAACCAAUCUCCGAAAUCCAUGGUUUCAGGAAUUCUGGCAGCACAGGUUCCAGUGCCAGCUGAAGGGGUAUCCGCAGGAGAAUACUAAAUACAACAAGACUUGCAACAGUCAAUUGACUCUCAAAACACAACAUGUUCAAGAUUCUAAAAUGGGAUUCGUAAUCAAUGCCAUAUAUUCUAUGGCGUAUGGUCUUCACAACAUGCAGAUGUCACUAUGCCCAGGCUAUGCAGGUCUCUGUGAUGCCAUGAAGCCUAUAAAUGGUCAAAAACUCCUGGAUUCCCUCAUGAAGACUAACUUCACUGGGGUUUCUGGGGAGGUGAUCUUGUUCGAUGAGAAUGGAGACUCACCAGGAAGGUAUGAGAUUAUGAAUUUUAAGCAAAUGGGGAAGGAUUACUUUGACUAUAUCAAUGUUGGAAGUUGGGACAAUGGUGAAUUGAAGAUGGAUGAUGAUGAAAUAUGGUCAAAGAAAAAUACUGUAAUCAGAUCGGUCUGCAGUGAACCAUGUGAAAAAGGCCAGAUAAAGGUGAUCCGUAAAGGAGAAGUCAGCUGCUGCUGGACCUGUACACCUUGUAAGGAGAACGAGUUUGUCUCUGAUGAAUACACAUGCAAGGCAUGCCAGCUGGGCUCCUGGCCCAAUGAUGACCUUACAGGUUGUGAUCUCAUCCCAGUCCAGUACCUCAGAUGGGGUGAUCCUGAACCAAUAGCAGCAGUUGUUUUUUCCUGUCUGGGUCUACUGGCCACCCUGUUUGUUACAGCUAUAUUCAUCAUGUACCGCGAUACCCCAGUUGUCAAGUCAUCCAGCCGAGAACUCUGCUACAUUAUUCUCGCUGGCAUCUGCUUGGGUUACUUGUGUACUUUCUGUCUCAUUGCAAAGCCUCAAAGGAUUUAUUGUUACCUUCAAAGAAUUGGCAUCGGUCUGUCCCCUGCUAUGAGUUACUCUGCCCUAGUAACUAAAACCAAUCGCAUUGCAAGAAUUCUAGCUGGCAGCAAGAAGAAAAUCUGUACAAAGAAACCUAGGUUCAUGAGUGCCUGCGCCCAGCUGGUUAUUGCAUUUAUCUUAAUAUGUAUACAGUUAGGCAUAAUUGUUGCCCUUUUCAUAAUGGAGCCACCAGAUAUAAUGCAUGAUUAUCCAAGUAUCCGAGAGGUCUACUUGAUUUGUAACACCACCAACUUGGGUGUCGUAACUCCCCUGGGAUACAAUGGAUUAUUAAUUUUAAGUUGCACCUUUUAUGCAUUUAAGACCAGAAAUGUUCCAGCUAAUUUCAAUGAAGCAAAGUAUAUCGCCUUUACAAUGUAUACCACCUGUAUCAUUUGGCUGGCCUUUGUGCCCAUAUAUUUUGGUAGCAACUACAAGAUAAUCACCAUGUGUUUUUCUGUAAGCCUGAGUGCCACUGUGGCCCUCGGCUGCAUGUUUGUGCCAAAGGUGUACAUCAUCCUCGCUAAGCCAGAAAGGAACGUACGCAGCGCGUUCACCACGUCGACUGUGGUCCGCAUGCACGUAGGGGAUGGAAAGUCAUCUUCAGCUGCAAGCCGUUCAAGUAGCCUGGUCAACCUAUGGAAAAGAAGGGGAUCAUCUGGUGAAACUCUAAGGUACAAAGGCAGGAGGCUGGCCCAGCACAAGUCGGAAAUAGAGUGUUUCACCCCAAAAGGGAGUAUGGGAAAUGGUGGGAGAGCUACAAUGAGCAGCUCCAAUGGGAAAUCAGUCACGUGGGCCCAGAAUGAGAAGAGCAGCAGCAGGGGAGCACACCUCUGGCAAAGACUCUCAGUCCACAUCAACAAAAAGGAGAACCCUAAUCAAACCGCAGUGAUCAAGCCCUUUUCGAAGAGCACAGACAGUAGCCGACAUAGCAGCAGCAACACAUUUCCAGAGACCAGUGCCAAAAUGCUUUAUGACGUCUCAGAAGCAGAGGAGCAAUACCCAGCUCAAUUUCAGCCACAGACCCCCUCACCUAUCAGCACGGUGAGCCACAGGACUGCCUCCAUUAGCCGAACAGAUGAUGAUGUCCCCACAUCCCAGACAGAACAUGCCCAGCGGAGCAGUUCCUCCCAAGGCUCUCUGAUGGAGCAAAUCAGCAGUGUGGUCACACGCUUCACAGCCAACAUCAGCGAGCUGAACUCUAUGAUGCUUUCAACAGCCACGCCGGGGGCAAUGGUGGCCACUCCUCUCUGCUCUUCCUACCUGAUCCCAAGAGAGAUCCAGCUUCCUACAACAAUGACCACUUUUGCAGAGAUCCAGCCACUCCCUGCCAUUGAAGUCAAUGGUGCAUCUCAAUCUGCUAGGAAACCUUCAUGUGGCAGCAUCAAAGAGGGUACUUCGGAGGCACCAGCGGUGAAGCAAGAUCUUGAUGAGCUGGUGGCUUUAACUCCUCCCUCACCUUUUAGAGACUCCAUUGAUUCUGGGAGCGCAUCUCCCAGCUCUCCAGUGUCAGAAUCAGCUCUUUGUAUUCCAUCCUCCCCGAAGUAUGACAAGCUUAUCAUAAGAGAUUACUCUCAAAGUUCUUCUUCAUUGUGAAUGUAGGUCAAGACACAUUGGAGCGCAACAGCUACAAGCACGUAGAGCGGGGACAGCCAAGCCUUCAAGGUCUCCAGUCUUUACACAGAUAAAGUGAUAGGCAUUGGGUCAUCAUGUGAAGAAUGGUGGGGGCAAUAGAGAAUUAUUCGAUAAAUGGAAACAUCGGAUUAAUUAUGCUAUUUUAAAGAAACAAAACUACGAGCAGAUUUUUGUGGCCUUACAAAACAUGGGCUUUUAAGAAACACUGCAUAUAUUUUUGAGGGCUUAUAAGGAGUUUGUUAAAUCAGUUACAUACCAAGUGCUUUGCUUUAGUACAACAAUGAACUAUGUGUAUAAUAUAUGAAAAAAAUAGACUGUAAGCAGCUGUACAAUGUUUUCUUUAUUUACUCUGAAUCCUUACCCAGCAGUGAACCUUGAUCUAUUAUCAAGAAUAGAAGACCAAACAUUGAAUGUACAUUUUCUAACAGACUCAAAAUCUGACAUCAAUGUCAGGAUCUUUUUUUUCUACGAAGAUCUCAAAAAGCAGUAACGUAUGUUUAGUAACUGCCAAACUUUUGCUGAAGCGUAUCAUGCUGAUGACACCCUACGUGUAGAUAAAAAUUAACUGUGGCUUUGCAAUGUGUGACUGCAAUAUGGAGGGCUUUACAAGUGACUUCUCAAACUACAGAUUUGUUUAUGAAAUUCUCUUCUAUAAGUAUUAAAAGUUCAAUUUCUUAACAUUGGAUACACCUUCAUUAGCAACAAAAUGUGAGGAUGAUUUCCUGACUCUUUCACCACGUUGCCAGCCAAUGAUGGAGUAGCAAAAAAUAUUUUCUGGAGUACUGUUUUGUAAUUCCCUUAUCAGGACAAGUUGUUGAGGAGAAUAUUAUGUUUCUAGCAGUAUUAUUGAGCUAUAGCAUAGCUGCAUUCCCUAGUGAAAUUAACACAUUUUUAUGGUCAUUCUUAUGGUAAUAUUGCCAGUUAAAAUACUAUACUUAUUCAAGCUCCCAUAUCCUUUGCUUUUAAGGAACAGGUAAACACUCUGGUUUGUCUCAGUUAUUAUGAAGGUAGAAUACUGAGAAAGCAGUCUGGAUUAUGAUGAACGAAUACUAUCAAUGGAAGGAUUGUCAUGAUCAUAAUUCAUUUACAAAAAAAACCCUGUGUCAAAGUCUGCUUAGAGGUGGUUUAGCUACUCUUCAAUAAGCAACAAUUUUAACUCUAGUUAGCUGCGAAUGCAUUGCAGCUAUGAACUGUGACAAAAGAAGAUUUUCAAAGCAAUACAGAGUAUAAAUUCGAACAAGGGGGACCUAAUGAGAUACAAACUAACGGAGUCUUUCUUUGUUUCUUAGCAUCUCAUAGAAGAGGUGAGGGAAUUAUUGAAUUUUUUUUUCCUGUAUCAAAGGACAGUUUAGUACACUUCGUGCUGCCAUAGCACUUUUUAAAUACAUGCGGGAAGAGAUUUAAAGUUUGAAUAGAAGCAAAAUAAUUUUUGAUAGCUAUGAUAGCUUUGUUGAAACAAUGAACAC